GGUCUGCGUCACGGAGUCUCGCAUUGGAGAUGGGAAUGCCGUUCUCCACAGCGCUUCUAGAGAGGCAAACGUGGGGUUGACAACUAUUGUUUUCAACGUUGCACCGUGCUCGUAUCCAGCAAGCAUCGCUCUAACAUUCGUACUCCGAGUUUCGGGCGUAGACCGGUUUCGUUUGGCUAUCGCUAACUUUUUAACUGUGGCGGAAAUAAUGACGUCAUGAAUGAAGUGUCGAUGACAAACGGAUGAUACAUCGAAAUGAUACGGGAUUGUGUACACACUAAAGUGUUCGCCUUUCGAUGUGACUGAUCUUGUAAAAACGCAUUCUAGAAAUAGCCGUGUCUGGAUUUUAUUCGCAAAUCUAUAGGUUCGAAGCUUUAAUCUUAUGAAGAAUUGACUUGUAUAAAACAGUAAAGAUGUCAGAUCAUUUUGGUCCAAUCACUUUAAAAUGGGAUCCGAAGAACUUGGAAAUUCGUACCAUGUCGGUAGAGAAGACAUUAGAGCCUUUAGUUUUACAAGUAACUACGCUUGUGAAUACAAAGGGUCCUAGCAAGAAGAAAAAAGGAAAGUCAAAGAGGGCUAGUGCGUUGGUAGGGACCGUAGAAAAAGCGACUAGUAAUUUUAUCGAGAAAGGUGAACAAAUCGCUUAUGAAAAUCCUGACAUUACUGCCGAAAUGUUAAGCGCCGUUGAAGAAGUGAAGAAGACAGGUGCAGCAAUGAGUAUUGCUGCUAGGGAGUUUUCAGAAGAUCCUUGCUCCUCUUUAAAAAGAGGCAAUAUGGUCCGUGCUGCAAGAAAUUUGUUGUCUGCUGUAACUCGUUUACUUAUUUUAGCAGAUAUGGUUGAUGUGCAUUUAUUAUUGAAAUCCUUGCAUGUGGUGGAGGAUGAUUUACAGAAAUUGAAAAAUGCAUCCUCACAAGGAGAACUAUUGGAAAACAUUAAACAGUUUGGAAGAAAUGCAUCUGAACUGAUGAAUCAAGCUGCAAAGCGUCAACAAGAAUUAAAAGAUCCUCAGUUAAGAGAUGACUUAGCUGCAGCCAGAGCUGUACUCAAAAAGCAUUCCACUAUGCUUCUUACUGCCUCUAAAGUUUAUGUUCGACACCCAGAGUUAGCUGCAGCAAAAGCAAAUCGUGAUUAUGUUUUGAAACAAGUAUGCGAAGCUGUGAACACUAUCAAUGAUGUUGCACAAGGAAAAACUCCUGUUGAUAGUCAACAUCCUUAUGAAGGACCUGGUGAACUGGCUGCUGCAUUAGAUGAUUUUGAUGAGAGAAUGGUAAUGUCUCCACUUGCUUACAAUGAAGUACGUACAAGACCCAGCCUGGAAGAAAGAUUAGAAAGCAUCAUCAGUGGUGCAGCACUGAUGGCAGAUUCUUCGUGUACUAGAGAUGAGCGUAGAGAACGCAUUGUUGCAGAAUGUAAUGCAGUGAGGCAAGCUCUUCAAGAUUUGCUCAGUGAAUAUAUGAAUAAUUUACAGCUCGCUCGGGGUGGGAAACGGAUGGGCGUCAAAGAGCAGUCCGAAGGCUUGGAGAGGGCGAUCGAUCACAUGUGCAGAAAAACAAGGGAUCUUCGUAGGCAAUUAAGAAAAGCUGUGGUCGACCACGUGUCCGAUAGCUUCUUGGAAACAAGCGUGCCCUUACUGGUUCUGAUCGAGGCUGCAAGAAACGGUCGCGACAAAGAGGUUGAAGAGUAUGCUCUUGUCUUUACAGAACACGCGAACAAGUUAGUCGAGGUUGCCAAUUUAGUAUGCAGUAUGUCAGGAAACGAGGACGGUGUGAAAAUGGUACGUUACGCUGCAGCUCAAAUCGGAAACUUAUGUCCACAAGUGAUCAACGCAGCUCGAGUGUUGGCAGCUCGUAACCGCUCCAAAGUAGCUCUGGACAACAUGGAGGUGUUCCGUCAGGCAUGGGAGAAUCAAGUGAGAGUGCUGACAGAAGCAGUCGACGACAUUACUACCAUCGACGAUUUCCUGGCGGUGUCUGAGAAUCACAUCUUGGAGGACGUGAACAAAUGUGUCCUGGCAUUGCAAGAAGGCGACGCAGACACCCUGGACAGAACCGCGGGCGCGAUUCGUGGCCGGUCGGCCAGAGUGUGCAACGUUGUCCAAGCCGAGAUGGACAAUUACGAGCCUUGUAUCUAUACCAAACGGGUUUUAGAAGCCGUGAAAGUUCUGAGGGAACAAGUAAUGCCGAAAUUUGCGCAAAGAGUAGAAGUCGCGGUAGAUGCUUUGGGUAGUAAUCCUGCUAAAGACGUGGAUGAGAAUGACUUUAUAGACGCUUCAAGAUUAGUUUACGACGGAGUCCGUGAGAUUAGACGCGCUGUACUGAUGAAUAGAGCGGACGAGGACUUGGAUCCUGAAGACGUCGAGCUGGAUGAACAUUACACACUGGAGACUCGCAGCAAAUCAAGCGCUCAAACUGGCGAGCACGGCGUCGACGAGUAUCCAGAGAUCAGUGGUAUAACGACCGCCCGCGAAGCUAUGCGCAAGAUGCCAGAGGAGGAUAAGCAGAAGAUCCUGCAACAGGUGGAAUACUUUAAGAGUGAGAAACUGAAGUUCGACAAGGAGGUAGCCAAAUGGGACGACGCUGGGAACGACAUUAUUGUGCUGGCAAAGCACAUGUGUAUGAUCAUGAUGGAAAUGACAGAUUUCACCAGAGGCCGUGGACCACUGAAAACCACUAUGGACGUGAUCAAUGCAGCGAAAAAGAUUUCCGAGGCUGGGACGAAAUUAGACAAAUUAACUAGGCAAAUUGCAGAUCAGUGUCCAGAAAGUUCUACCAAGAAAGAUCUUCUGGCGUAUUUACAGCGUAUAGCAUUGUACUGUCACCAAAUGAAUAUAACUAGUAAAGUGAAAGCAGAUGUACAAAACAUUAGUGGGGAAUUGAUCGUAUCCGGACUGGAUAGUGCGACUUCUCUUAUUCAGGCAGCCAAGAACUUAAUGAACGCGGUGGUUCUUACCGUUAAAGCGUCGUACGUCGCGUCGACGAAAUAUCCUCGACAAUCUACAGUAACUUAUUCUCCAAUUGUUGUAUGGAAAAUGAAAGCUCCAGAAAAGAAGCCAUUGGUACGACCUGAGAGACCAGAAGAAGUUAGAGCCAAAGUACGUAAGGGUUCACAGAAGAAAGUGCAGAAUCCGAUACAUGCACUUUCAGAAUUUCAAAGCCCUACAGAGAGCGUUUGAACUCUCGAGUGUAAGUAAUUUAAUAAAAAUUAAACUUAGACACAGCAUCACCUUUGGAGAGCCAUUUGAGCAAGAUGUUUUAUUUUCUACCGGAUACAAUGUUCACAGAGUUGAUCUGCAUUUAUUAUCGAUUUCUUAUGUAUCGUGAGAUGUAGACACUCUUUCUGCAAAUCGAUAUCGUAGAAAGUUAACAGACAAAAUUAAGUGUUGCUAACAUAUUUUAAAUAUCCAUCAGUGUACAAUCAUAUUAUAGUGUACUAAUAGUUAUAACACUUGCUAGCGAAGAAGUAAUUGAAAAAGAAUUUAAACGUUAAGAUUUAAAGAUUGAUUUUAUGUUUGAAAUUGUGAUGAAAACGGGAAAUAUUUGCAACAAAAUUAUGAUGAUGGGAAACAUUUGAAAAUAAAAUAUCUUGCAUAAAGUAAGUGUUAAUAUUCUUUGUAAUUAUCGAUUGAUAAAUAUUUGAGAAACAAAAGAACACAAUACGAUGAUCAUGUCAAUUCUCAAAUGGAACUUAAUUAGAUCUCAAAGAUUCAUCUUUUUUUUGUAGAAUAUAUAUAUAUACAUAAAAUUUAGAUUUGAAUUAUAUACAAAUUAAUAAGUGUCAACUAUAUUUCAUAGGGUAUAAGAACGUUUUAUGAUUUGAUAAUACAUUGUUUGAUAACUCAUACUGAUUAUAAUGUUUUAAUCACUAUGAAGUACGUACGGAUAUUUAAGUAAAUCAUACUUUACUUGAAUGAAAGAAAUUUACAAUUUUUUAUUACUCGUAAAUACUAAUAAUUGAAUAUAUAUUUUCUUGCAAGAAAGAACUUCAUGCAAAAAAUGUGACUCUAAUAUAUUAAUUAAUAAUCGACAAUAGCAAUUAAGUAUUGAAAGGAUGCCAAUUUUUUCAUUAUUAUGUGUACAAUUGAUAUACAAAUAUAAAUUUUUUAAUUAUAUACAUAAAUUUUUAUUGAAAUUUUACUAAAUAAUAUCGAACGAUGAGUGGUGUGUGUAUAUUUACGUAUACGCGCACAACAGCUUAUCCAAAGGCCUCAUAUUUUUUAUGUUGCAAUGUUAUACAAGGAUUUAUAUCUACACUAACUGAGAUACUUCAAACAAAUUCGAUUUCUUUCAAGUUGUCUUUUUCGACUAUUCGACCAUUAGUACACUUUCCUAUACAUAUCCAAGAAAGAGACGUUUCUUAGUGACAGAAUGGGAUACCUUUUGGAGUAUUUAAAUAUUUGAUAACUUUUGAUGACAAAAGUUGCUGCUUCAAGUAAUUUUAAAACUAAUCAUAGGUCUUAAAACAUUUGCUAAUACGUUACACUACCGUCAGUUUCUUAUCGAAAUAUAUUCUUUGACAAUAAUAUAUCGCUGCAUACUCUGUUAUGCUUUUAUAUAAACUCAACUAAGGUACAGAUCUUAACAUCUUCCAGACUAUUACUACAGUAAAGAUUCCUACUGAUUAAUAUACAACUGUAAUUGGAUCUAUUUAUAUUAAAGUAUGUUACUUCUUUUAAUAUGUUCUGAACUAUACAGGUUUGGCUAUUAGAAAUAUAGUUUAUUCAUAAUUCUUCUGAUUCGUGAAACACUGUGGAUUUUAUAUUAGAAAAUUCUGAUAAAGUGCUGCUUUGAUUUUGUGGAAGGAAUAAUUUUUUCAGUUGAAAAUAGUAGUUUCUAUUAACAAGACUUACAGAAAAGCAAUAAGAAGUAAAACAGUAUUGCAAUAAAGAGACUGCAGGAUGAAGUAUUUAACAAUUGUAUAUAAGUAAAUAUGAGUACACAUUUUUAAAGAAAUCUUGUUUAUGAUGAUUUUGUAACACACAUAGCCAAUAAGAAUUAAUUGUAAAAAAACUGAUACCAAUUCCAUACUGAUAACUAUGAUUUUCAGUCGUGCAUAACAAUUAACUUACUAACAAUUUUCUUUCACGUUGAAUAUAUUUAUUUUCUUAGGAUCCUCAUCAGUCGAAAUUUAUUGCACCGACGAAUUUUGUAGCAAAAGUUGCAUGCCUAUGAAAAUAUAUACAUGUGUGUUAUACAUGCAACAAGUAUGUAAUGGUAACAUAUAAAUUGCACUCUACAUUAUGGCAUUUAUCAUUUGAUUUACAUUAAUGUAAUUGUUGUAGUAGGUGUUGCCCAUUGAAGUACAUUAAAAAACGUUUGCAGAAAGUGUGGGAUACAGAGAAUUGUGGAUUUUGUAGGUUUCAACACGAGAUAUGUAUUGGUAUCAAUUUUUUACUUUUGUAAGAGAAAUACUAAUUUAUAUAGAUAUAAUUAUAAGAUUAAAUUGUAGUUACUGAUAUGCUGCCAAAUAUAAGGUGAUGCUUUUAACAAAUAUUUUCUUCCUGUCAUUAUUAUUAGGUUCAUAUAUGCAUAUAAAUUUUAA